AGCAGACCCAUAGAAGACCCACCACAGUCCUCCAGGAACUGUGAACCCACAGAGGACUUAAAGUGCCUCAUACAAAACAGAUAUGUGGUCCCCGUUAACAGUGGAAUUCUCUACCACAGAAUAAGUGAGCCUCAGUUCACGGCCUCUGUCUGCUUGUUGGGAUCCUUGUGCUUCCCACUCUGCUCCAGACUUGUCUGCAUCAGGAGCUGACAUUAUAGAUUAUACAACUUGUCACAAAACAUUCCUGAAACACGAUGCAAGAAGAAUAAUAGUUCAUUGUAAGGCAGUCAUCAAACUUUCAUCCCUCAGAGAGGCCUCAUGUCACUCUUUCUCACCUUUUGCACCAAAUAUUGGAGAGAACAAAGUGUGUAAGAAGAAAUAAGUGUUUGCAUACUACUUAAUUCUCUGCAAUGCGAGUGUUGGACUUGAAGCACUCCUUUUCUGGGAGCUUUUUUGAGUUUAAUGGAGCACUCCAGACAGCAGUCAUCUUCCUUUUGCUUCCAUGUUGCUUGACUGCAGAUUUUAGAGCACCCCCACUUAUACCUAAUGUGCCUUUCCUCUGGGCCUGGAAUGCCCCAACUGAAGCUUGUCUCACAAAGUUUAAUGAGCCACUAGAUCUUAGUUUGUUCUCUUUAGUAGGAAGUCCCAAAAAAACUGCCACGGGUCAGCCUGUCACAAUAUUUUACACUGAUCGACUUGGCCUCUAUCCUCAUAUAGAUGACGCACAAACAAGUAUUCAUGGAGGGAUACCCCAGUUGGGAUCUCUAAAAAAUCAUUUGGCAAAAUCUAAGAGUGACAUCGAGCAUUACAUGCCAAUAGACAAUGUGGGCUUGGCUAUCAUUGAUUGGGAAGACUGGAGGCCCACCUGGUCAAGAAACUGGAAACCCAAGGAUAUUUACAGGAAUAAGUCCAUUGAAUUGGUCCACCAACAAAAUAAACAACUUAAUUUAACAGAAGUCACCAGGAGGGCCAAAAAAGAAUUUGAACAUGCAGCAAGAAAUUUUAUGGAAGAGACUUUAAAAUUGGGGAAAUCACUUCGGCCAAAUCACUUAUGGGGUUUUUAUCUUUUUCCUGAUUGUUAUAACAAUAAAUUUCAAGACCCCAACUACAAUGGACAUUGCCCUGAUAUAGAAAAGAAAAGAAACGACGCUCUCUUCUGGAUAUGGAAGGAAAGCACAGCCCUCUACCCAUCUAUAUAUUUGAAAAGUGACUUGAAGUCAUCUCCACAGGCAGCACUCUAUGUCAGAAAUCGGGUACGAGAGGCCAUUAGGGUGUCUAAGACAAGGGACCCUCAUAAUCCAGUUCCUGUUUUUGUAUAUGCUCGCAUUGUGUUUAUUGAUCUGACUUCCCAAUACCUGAAUCAGGAUGACCUUGUGAAUACAAUUGGUGAAACAGUUGCUCUGGGUGCCUCUGGAAUGGUAAUGUGGGGAACUCUUGGUUUAGCACGAAGUAUGAAAUCUUGUCUGACCUUACGUGAUUACUUGGAGAACACACUGAAUCCUUACUUAAUCAACGUUACCCUGGCAGCCAAAAUGUGUAGCCAAACACUUUGCCGGGAUCAAGGCAUGUGUUCGAGGAAAGACUGGAAUUCAGAUGACUAUCUUCACUUGAGCCCCCAAAAUUUUCAGAUUCAAUUUGUGAAAAGUGGAAAGUAUGAAAUCCGUGGCAGUCCCACCUUUGAUGACCUGCAGUACUUUUCCAAAAACUUCCGUUGCAACUGUUAUGCCAACCUGAACUGCAAGGAGAGAGAUGACAUGGAAAGUGUGAACACUAUCAGUGUGUGUGCUGUUGAAGACGUUUGCAUUAAUUCCUUCAUAAUUGAAGAACCUGCGCUCUACCUGUCAACUGGAAACGCCCUAAUUUUGCUAAUAGCAAUCAGUCAGAUAUUAUAUCAUCUGCCACAAGAGGUCUAUGUGUGCUGAGGAAAGAUGUCAGUGGGUAUCUCUUUAUUCUCUCUAUCUACUCACAGCAUUUGAAAUAUUUGCUAUAGGUUUUUUGAUCACUCAAAAAUUGAACAUCAUCUUUCAGAAACAAUUCUAUAGAAAUAAUAAAGAUUCUACUUUGAAUUUCAGAGACAAAAUAUAUUCUUAUAUCAAAAACUGAGUGCAAGGCUAUCAUAGUUACAGGAUUAACAGUCUGAGAAGAGUGGAGAUUAAAUAAAAUCAAGUUUCUAUAAA